AUGGCCGGGGACCUGCUGGCUGCUGCACCUGCAGGGAGAGGGGGAUCGUGGCAAAGCCUCGCCGGGAAGCAAAGCGCCCGGCGCGGCCGCGUCGGCGGUGACCCCGGCGAGAAGGAAGAGAUGGACGCCGGCAAGUUUCCAGCGGGGAUGCGCGUGCUCGCCGUCGACGACGACCGCGUCUCCCUCAAGAUCCUAGAGAAACAACUGAAGCAUUGUAACUACAACGUGACAGCGGUGACGCACGCGAAGGAGGCGCUGGACAUGCUCAGGGAGAGGAAGGUCGGGGACCAGUUCGAGCUGGUGAUCAGCGACGUUGUGAUGCCUGACAUGGACGGCUUCAAGCUCCUUGAGCUCAUCGGCCUGGAGAUGGAUAUCCCAGUCAUCAUGCUAUCUGCGAAUGACGAGACAGAGACUGUGAUGAAGGGGAUAAAUCAUGGGGCUUGUGACUAUUUGGUAAAGCCAGUGCGCCUUGAACAACUUAGGGGCGUAUGGACUCAUGUUUUGAGGAAUAGUAAGACUGAUCCAAGGAACAGCACCAGUGGUGGCAAUGAUGAUGCUGAUCAGAAGCUACAAUCUGGGGAUGGUGAUAAGGGUGAGAGGGAUGGUGCAAACCAGAACAGGAGGAAUUCUAAAAAGAAGAAAAAUGAUGUGGAUGGUGCUGAUGAGGGCAAGGAGAACACAUCCCCCCAGAAGAGGCCAAGGGUCCAGUGGCCUGGCGAUCUACACCGCAAGUUCGUAGAAGCUGUCAAUCAGAUUGGCAUGGACAGGGCUGUUCCAAAGAAAAUAUUGGAAGUCAUGAAUGUGGACGGCCUCACUAGAGAGAAUGUUGCAAGUCAUCUGCAGAAGUACCGAAUCUACCUGAAGAAGCUCAGUGAGGGCAAACUCAAGAAUUCUAGUCCAUUUGCUGAUGGACCCAAAGCAUGGCGCUGUGACUCGGUGCCUGCUAAUAGCAAUACGAACGUAGUGGAAAGUUCCAAUCAUCAUCCAGAACUUGGUAGAUACCAGUCAGCCUCGUACUUUGUUGGCUCUCCGAGCUCAAGCAACGUUUUUGCAAGGAUGAACUCACCAUCUGCGUUUGGAGCAUACACUUUUCUGCCCACUCAGUCAGUACAGCUCAUGAGCUCCCAGAGAAACUUUGGCAUUCCUCGGCAGGACGCAGAACCAGUUAGCCAUGGUGUCAAUGUCAACCUGUCAGAUGCAAGCCAAUGCUUCCCUAAUAUAUCAAAUGGUGCGGUAUUCAACACAAGCAAACCUUCUGGUCCUUCUGGCAGCUCCUUCACAAAUAUAUCAAAUGGUGCGGAAUUCAACACAAGAAAACCUCUCUCUCUUGGUAUUUCUGGCAGUUCAAUUGGAAACACCUCAAGUGACAUUCCAACAUUGUCCUCGAGCAUGCACUUUCCUUCACACCGUUCUUGCAGCUCCUAUGCGAGCAUAUUGCGUGGCAAGAUUCUGGGGGCAAGCAGAGGUAUUCCUUUUGAAGACAUAGCAGAUGGUGAGAUGCUGGCCCCUUCCGGUCACUUACCGUUGCAGUGUCCUGAGUUCAACAAUCAGCCUUUGGUUCAGAUUCAAUCACCUUCUGCUGGACUAUUCAACCAAGUUGCAUGGGAGGCUGAUGCUGGUCAAUUUGCUGGACUUAUCAACUGCAGCAACUCCUGGAAAGCUGCUGCGCUGUCAAGGUUUCCUGAUCUUACUCACAAUGUUGGAAUGUCUAAUGGUCCAUCACAGGGGAACAUCAUCAAGAUGAACCAGUUAUCAAGACUUGCAGCCUCCUCUGGACAGAUUCCAACCUUUGGAAAUGAGUAUCAUAACCAAAUUGCAGGGAUCAUAGGGAAAACCGCACCAGCGUUAAGUUUCAGUGAGCAGGUGGCGCCAUUGAACUUUGGAAGCAACACACACUAUACUGCAAUGCCAAUUGGUAACUCAGAUCUAGGUAGUUCUUCAAGCACUAGACCUGCAUUGCCUAACCUUCAGAUAGACAAUUCUGUCAUGCCGACAGAGAUGCUGAAUGGUGAGGAUACAAGUGGCAACCUCCCUGAAGGUGGUACCAUUAAUCAGCAACCUGUUGGUGAUCAAGUGAUUAACAGCAAUGAGUUCCUCAUGGGAACAUGCGAGGUGCAGAAUGGAGCAAGUGGUGACCUGGAUGAUUUUUUGACUGACUGGGUUAAUGAAGAUUUCGUCAACAAUGGUGAUGCCUUCAGCGGUGGGGACUGGGACUUUGCCCCUUGA